AUGGCAAUUCCUUUUACUACAUUUCAUAAGAAGUGGUGUGCAGAAAAAACGCAAUUAAUGAUCCAAAACAACUUUAGUCAAUGGUUUAGGGAUCCACCACAUAAUUCAAUUCGAAAUUACGAUCAAUAUCUUGCAGUUGUUAAAUAUCCGAUCAGUUUAUCAGAGAUAGCAGACAGAAUCAGAUUAAAUAUCUACCAGUACGUAUUUGAAUGGGAUAACGACAUGCAAGCUGUUUUUAAGAACGCAAUGGCUUUCAAUUCUAAAAAUUCUCAGCCUUAUUUUAUUGCGCAAUACUUACUUGAUAGCUACAUUAAAGAAUGCACUCCAAUUCCUGCAUCACAACAAGAAGAUAAUAUGAUAUUGAUAAAUAGACAAGCUCAGAAAUUACUAAACUUAUUAGAAUCACCACCCCCAAGCAUUAAGAACCUCAAAUGGGAUAUCCCUCCAUUAAGCAAUGAUGGAACUUUAGAAUGGAAAGAUUUGAAAAUGAAAAAUAGCGAACUGAGCCAGCCAGUUAAAGAAGCUUUAGAAAAAUUAUCAGCUUUAAUACAAAAACCAUCUACAGAGCCUUCGAAAUAA